UUCACUUUUACAGUUUUGCCUCUUUUUCCUGCUACCACAACUCCACCCCUUCUUCACUUCUUCACAGGAACUAGUGCAUUCAAUCUUCCAUGAGUGAUCAAUCCGCAUCUAGCUCCUCUGACCCUCCCUCCAUUUCUGACACAUCCUCCGCAGCCGUAUCGAAAGAAAGUGAUUCUGAUGCGGUGCCCGAGGAAAUUUGUCACUCCUCCAUUUAUGUCGACUAUAACAACACCUUUAAACUUUAUACUUGUCUAGUGAAUCCCUCACGAAAAGAUUUCUUUGACAUCUUCCCUUGCGAAAACGGAGAGUUUGUGUAUCAUUCUCCACGUAACCCAAAGACAGAAUAUUAUACCUAUGUAUAUGACUGCUUCUUUAAAAAAUUGGGUGUUCGGCUACCCUUCACUGAUUUUCAAUGUGAGAUCCUCCGAAUCCUUAAUGUAGCUCCUACCCAACUUCAUCCAGGGGCAUGGUCUUUCGUGCGCUCUUUUGAAGUCAUUUGCCGUGGAAUCGGUUUUUCACCAUCUGCCUAUGCAUUCUUUAACUUCUUCCUAGCUAAGCUAAGUAGCAACUCUUGGGUGUACAUGAGUAACUUUUCUGGUCGCCCCCUUGUCCGACCCUAUCAUGCAUCAUGGAAAGGAACACAUAGUUUUAAAGAGAAAUUCUUCCGUGUCCGUCCCGGGCCCAACUUUUCUCGAUUGUUUCACGACGAGUCUGGAGAUCCUCUAUUUCCUUUUUACUGGACGAAGAAUCCUCGCUCUAAAAUUAGACUUCGCACCCUACCAAAAUCAGAUGCCGACGACCAGUUGAUCUCACUGUUACGUCAGGCUACACCUGUCCAUGCCUCAGAAGUGCUUGGAAAUGAGCGCGAUUGCGCGAAACUAGCCUCUUUGUUGAGAUCAGCCGGGAUGGCACCACUCACUAAGGAAGAGCGUCGUGCUGCUCGGGCUCAACAAGUUGUGGUGCAGGGAAUUGCUCACUCCAGCCCUAGACCAGACGAGCACAUUGGAGGCUCUACUGCUCACCCAAAAGACCCACCUUUAAGGACAAACUCCAAAAAUAGUCGCCCCAAUUUUUCUAUGGUGGUGAUCCCUGAAGUCGUUGAGGAACAUGUUGAGCUAGAGGCUUCGGAGCCUCCUCCUUACGUAGGUUCAUCUGGAACUCGACGAUCUGAGCUAGCGACUUUCAAGUCUGGAGCCGAUGACCCCUCAUUGUGGGAUGUUGAAUUUCCCUUUAGCCACACUUUGAACGAGGUAUCCAACCAAAGAGACAAAGCAAAGAUGAAGAAGCUUGGAAUCAACGAGUCUCUGAAAGCCAUGAGGGCAUACUCUCUUUGGACGAGUGCAUUGGCUAACUCCACCGAGAGACUUUGUCUAGACCAGCGCUAGGAGUACCUCGACAUUUUACAAUCUUUGAAGGCUAAGAUCACUCCACUUGAGGAACGGUGCGCGGAAUUGGAGAAUUCGUUUAACCGUGUUAAUAGCAAGUUGGCGAAGGCCGAGUCGGAUUUUCAACUCUCUAGCGAGAAGUAUCAAGCUCUAGAGAAAGCCAAAACUAAAAUUCAGUCCCUUAUGGUCGCCGCCCAGGAAGAGCAAGACAAGGCGCAAGCUAGGCUCUCUGAAUUGACAAGUCAGGGGGUAGUUGAUUAUGACAACGGCUUUCACGAUGCUCUUGGACAAGUUCAGGAGAAGUUUCCGAGCCUAGAUCUUGACGGGAUCAAUCCAGACUAGCGGAGACGUUGUGGGGGUCUCGGGAAGGCUGGCGUUUAUAGUGUUGUAUUUGGACUUAUAUUAUUUUAUUUUCUUGUAAGGUCGACCCGACCAUUGCAUUAGGUCACUUUUGGGCCAACCUAUGUUGUACUAUUUUACUUUCGACUUACUAUGGUACCUCUCCUUAUUGUUUUGCA